UUGCCUAGUAAAACAGCUUAUCACACUUCAUGGAGUUGGCGCGAAUUUUCAGCUCGAGAAAUCCUUCUUUCUGACCCUUUUUAUGUUGGAAACGUCUCAGCUGUUUGCUUUUUAUUGAAUCUGGGUUGAUUGGCAAUAUUAUUAAGGAAACAUGCAGGCGUUUAUUACGUCCUAUUUCAACACAUCACAAAACACUCUACGUGCAUCUGAUGCUGGCAGCAGUAAAACAAGCAAAGCAGACAUAUCUAAAGAAAAAAAAGAUUCCAAGAGGGAAGUUAAAAAAGAACAGCAAAAAGUAAAUAGCUGCUCAGAUAGUCCUAUCCAGAAAAAGAAGAGAAGAACUAAGUGUAUUAUAGAGAGCGAUGAAGAGGAAGCUGGUGAUGUCAGUGGAAACGAAUCUCCUAAGAAAGAAGAUGCUGUGGACAAUAAUGGUGAUGCUUAUGACAAUGAUAAAGGAAAAUCUUCUGAUUGUGGUGAUGAUGAUGAUGAUGAUGAUAAGUCAGAAUCCGGAGCAGCAGAGACCAAAGGACUGAAGGGAAAGCCUAAAAAGUCUAAUAAAGAUAACAAAAUCAAAACAGAAGAUUCUAGUUCUUCAGAAAGUUCACCGUCACCAAAGAAGACAUCAUCGGAGACUAGCCCUUCUGCUAAAGCUGGUACUAGUAUAGAUUCUACAACCAACACACCAGAAAAAUCUCCAUUUGGUAUUCCUAAAAGGAAAACAGCUCGGAAAACAGUUGGAUCUAAUUCUAAUCCAAAACGUAAAAUUAUUGGAGAAGAGUCAUCAAGUUCUUGUAAUGGAACUUCCAAGCGACAAAAGGUUCAGUCAUUAGAAGAGGAUGUGGAUUCCACAUCCAGUGAUCCUAAGAAGAACCAAGAAAAAUCAACAACAGACAAAGAUAAAAAAAAAAAAAAAUCCGAGGAAAAGCAAUCCAAACAAGACACAAAUGAAUCUUCAGUGAAGAAAGAAGUUAAGAAGUCUAAAGAUUCUCCUGAAGUGAAAGUUGCCUCUAUAUUUGGUAACAUCAAAUCAAAGAAAACACCUUCAAAACCUGAAUCUGAAAAAAAGAAGGAGCCUGCUAAAUCAACAAAAUCAACUUCAGAAAUAAAGGAAGAAAAAUCUGAAGACGUACAGUGCAAUGGUGAAGUGAAACCUGUAGAGGACAAGAAAUACAACCCAGCUGACAGUAAAUAUGAUCCCAUCAAGUCAGCCUGUUGGGCCCCAAAAGCAAAGGUCCCUUAUUUGGCUCUGGCAAAAACAUUUGAAGAAAUUGAAAAUGUAUCUGCAAGGUUAAAAAUGAUUGAAAUAUUGUCUAACUUUUUUCGUUCCGUAAUAUUACUGUCACCUGAUGACCUGCUCUGUUGUGUGUACCUUUGUCUGAACAAAUUGGCUCCAGCCUAUGAAGGAAUUGAACUUGGUAUUGGGGAGAUGGUCUUGAUGAAAGCAAUAGCACAAGCCACAGGACGCAGUGUGGAUAAGAUAAAGAAUGACGUCCAGGAGAAAGGAGACCUUGGACUGGUUGCCGAGUCAAGUCGUAGCAAUCAACGGACCAUGUUUGCUCCACCAAAACUGACCAUUGCUGGUGUCUUCUCUAAACUGAAAGAGAUUGCCCUCAUGACUGGAAACUCAGUAAUGUCAAAGAAAAUCGACAAAAUUAAAGUCAUGUUUGUGGCAUGUCGUUCAUCAGAGGCUCGGUUUCUCAUAAGGUCCCUUGGUGGGAAACUGCGUAUUGGCCUAGCUGAACAAUCUGUUCUAGCAGCUUUGGGUAGUGCUAUAUUUUUGUCUCCUCCUGGUCAAGCUUACCCACCUGUGAUUGUCAAUGCUGGGAAAAGUUUGUCAGCUGAUAGCCUGAAGAAGAAGGUAGAAGAGUCAGUCCUUGCCAUUAAAACAACAUACUGCGAAUGUCCAAAUUACGAUGCUAUAAUUAAGGUUCUUCUCUCAGAUGGUAUUGAUGAACUACCAAAUAAGUGUAAAUUGACUCCAGGAAUCCCUCUAAAGCCUAUGUUAGCGAACCCCACAAAAGGUAUCAGCGAUGUGUUGGCAAAAUUUGAUGAGGCUGAAUUUACCUGUGAAUAUAAAUAUGAUGGAGAAAGAGCUCAGAUUCACAUGAAGGAAGAUGGUAAAGUAGAGAUCUACAGCCGCAAUUCAGAAGACAAUACUACCAAAUAUCCAGAUGUCAUUCAGAGAAUAUCAAAGUCUGUUGGCAAAGAUGUCAAAUCUUUUGUUCUUGAUUCAGAAGCUGUUGCUUGGGAUAAAGAAAACCAAUGCAUCUUACCAUUUCAAGUCCUGAGUACACGUAAGAAGAAGGAUGCUUCCACUGAUGAUAUCAAAGUUCAGGUGUGUAUCCAUGCAUUUGAUUUGCUUUACCUCAACGGUGAGUCACUAGUUCGAGAACCUUUCCGCAAGAGACGGCAGUUGCUCUGGGACAAUUUUUUUGAAGUAGAAGGAGAAUUGGUUUUUGCCAAAUCUCUUACAGCAUCAAACCCUGAAGUUAUUGGAGAAUUUUUAGAAGAAUCAAUAAAAGGUAACUGUGAAGGCCUAAUUGUCAAAACUCUUGACGUUGAUGCCACGUAUGAAAUUGCCAAAAGAUCACACAACUGGUUGAAGCUAAAGAAAGACUACCUUGAUGGUGUUGGUGAUACUUUAGAUUUAGUGGCCAUUGGAGGCUAUUUGGGCACUGGAAAACGAACCGGACGCUAUGGUGGCUUCUUAUUAGCCUGUUAUGAUGAUGAAAAUGAAGAAUUUCAAACUGUUUGCAAGUUGGGUACUGGUUUCAAAGAUGAAGACCUGGAGAAGCAUACAAAUUUCUUUAAAGAUCAUCUGAUAGAAACAGCAAAGCCCUAUUACAGAUAUGAUUCUAGCAUGCAACCUGAUCAUUGGUUUGAAUCAGUCCAAGUGUGGGAAGUAAAAGCUGCUGAUUUGUCGAUUUCUCCUGUCCACAAAGCAGCUUCUGGUCAGGUUGAUUCUGAGAAAGGUAUCUCACUUCGGUUUCCACGAUUUCUUCGAAUCCGAGAUGACAAAAAACCAGAAGAAGCUACAUCUGCAACUCAGGUGGCUAACAUGUAUCGGAACCAGGAGCAAGUGAAGAACACACAAGCCAAAAGUGACCCAAAAGCAACAGAUGAUGAUUUCUAUUGAACAAA